AUGGGUCCCAUCGUCAACAACUCGGCGUCACAAAUGCGGUCUCCGACACGGACGACAGACGACAUCGGAAGUGCCACACUCAGUGCUGCGUCGCGCGCACUCGCCAUCGACCACAUCACCGACCUCGUCUGCGCUGCCCUCGACACGCCGUCGCUCCUCUCAGCCCUCCGCGUCAACUACGCCUUCUUCCAGUCGGCAGGCAAGGCUCUCUACCGUCACCUGUAUCUCGGGUGCGGUGCUCCGCUCAGCGGCGCUCUGGUCGGGAACGACACGGCUCGCCGCGCCAUGCUGAACGCUUACCACCCGUGCGAGGGCCAGACAUGGGACGAAGCUUUCUGCCUGUGGAAGCUGUCAACGAUUUCUACCGCCCCAGAGCGCCCCGUCAAAGGCAAGGGCAAGCCAGGCAAGAAAGCUGGAGUUGCGGCGGCCUCGCCGGCAGUCGCGGAAAUGAAGGCGGCGCUCAUAGCCGCCCGUCUGCCACCUCUGCCUGACAAAGAGAUCAAGUCUUUCAUCGCCCACCUCGUCGACCGCACCAUUGGGGCGCUACACUCCGGUCCCGGUCGCAAGCGCAAGACACGCAACUUCAAGCUCCAGCUGCUGCGCUACGUUCGCGUCCUGACCGUCACCUCGCACCACCGCUGUGUGUGCGCCCUGUGGGGUGCCCAUGUGGCGUCGUUCUUCCCGAACGUCGAGGUGCUCCGCGUCGUCCCCAACGUCUCGGCGGACGGAGCGCUCAUUCCGGCCUGCGACGGUGCCGACGUCAAGCCAUGCCCAUUCCUGCAAGUGAACGCACAGAAGCUCGUGCUGCGUAACCUGGAUCGGCGCGGGCCGCCGAUCCCCGGGCAUCUCUCCUGGAGCUCGCCAAACCUGGAGCGUGUCAGCCUCUACCUGCCGCUCGACGGGGCAGAGUGCUCGUUGAUCCCUCCUCCCAGCCUGAAGGGCCAGUUCCCCGGUGUGAAGGAGAUCAACGUCGUUUUCCACGUCUGGCACGGUGCACGCGUCGUCGACGUCCUCUUCCCGACCAAGGACCCGCACCUGCCCGACGCCUUGCUCGAGCUCCUGCACUCGCUUACGAUCCCCGGACGCAGCGCCAACACCAAGAUCAAGAUCCACGGUAUCGACACAAUUGCGCUGGACCUCCUUGGCUCGUUCGUCGUCCGUGCCGACGCUCUCAUGGACACCACCGCCAUCGACCCAGCCUUCUCCAUGCCCUCCGCCGCCGGUGCGCAGACGCUCGUCUCGAGUCUCAUCGGAUGCGUCCCCCUCAGCUAUCUCUCGCCCGAGGACGAGGCGUUCGCCAAGUUCGUCAUGGACGCACUGCGCUGUGACGCCGCGACAGGUUUCAUCCGUCAGCUGUGGCACCCCGGCAAGGGCAGCCCGAACGCUGCCGAGAUCAAGACCGCCAUGCGCCCGAACAGCAAUGUCUCGUUUGGCACGCUCGAGGAGUACUUUGAGAGCAAGGAGUGUGAGGAGGACGAGCAGAUUAAUUCGCGCGGCAUCGCGUACAUCGCCACAAGGUCAGCGGAGUAUGUACAGGGUUCAGCAGUGUGCCACAAGUGGAAGAGAGCUCUGGCAUGA